AUGCAGAUCAGCGGCGUCAUCAAGUUCGGCGCGCCGAUGUACAACAAGGGCGACGCGCGCGGAUGCGCCAGGCUCUACCGUCAGACGGCGCUGUCCAUCGCGCGCGAUGCCUCGGUCACGUCCGAGGAGAUAAGGAGCUGCCUUCGGGACGCCGUCGCGAAAGCCGACGAGAUCGCGCGCAAAGCCGCCGAGGAGGACCCGAUGGGCGGCGAGGAAGACCAGCGGACGCAGGAACGCGUCGCGUGGGCGCUCCGACGCGGCCUCGACCGCGUCGUGGACCUCAUCAUGGACCCGCCCGUGGACGAACCCACCGUCUACCGCCCAUCCGACGAAAACGACACAGCUGGCGACGACGACGACGACGCCCCGGCCGAAGACGAAGCCGCGGCGCCGCGAACGCCCACGGUCGACGCCGAGACCGCCGCGCUCUUCGACUUUGCGAAGACGCCCGAUCUCGCGGGACGAUGGAGAUCGCUCAACGACGGCGUCAUGGGGGGCGUCAGCGACGGGAGGAUGCGCGCGGGAUCGGGAUCGGGCGAUCGCCACGCCGUGUUCGAGGGGACGGUCCGGCUGGAGAACAACGGCGGGUUCUCGUCCGUUCGCGCCUCGUUCGGGUCCGGGAUCGACCUCUCGCAGUUCCAGGGGUUCUACAUGGACGUCAGACCCGGGGACGAGGCGAGCGCGGGGAAGGAGUACCUGCUCAUCGUCAAGGACGACGAGUGCAUGACCACGCAGGUGAACUUCAAAGCCAAGUUUGGCACCGGGAAAAAGGGCGGAGGGAAAUGGGAGCGCGUCAAGGUUCCGUUCGCCGCGUUCGACAGACCGGAACGGAUGGGCAGGGCGGUGAUGCGCGGGGCGCUGAGGACCGAGGCGGUGUGCGAGGUGGGACUUAUGGUGCUCAAGGGGGAGGGGAACGUGGGGGCGUUUGCGCUCGACGUCCUCGAGUUGGGGUGCUUCAAAUGA